AUGGCUACGGAGUACAUGGCACGUCCGUGGUGGCUCAAGACCUUAGCUUUGGCUGCCAACCCAGCUUGGCCGAGGCGUAAGCAUGCUGUUUCAAGUCUCACAACAGUGACGACAACACACUCCCCAUCUAGAUCUCCCAAUUUCAGUCACCACAAGCACAUCUACACUCAACAGUUCUCAACCACCGCCGUCGCCAAGAUGCCUGGCUAUAUUGUUACCUGCAAAGACGAUGCCACCGAAGACCAGAUCAAGGCUGCGAAGCAGCAUGCCCUCGACCAAGGCGGCAAAAUCACCCAUGAAUACACCCUGAUCAAGGGCUUUGCCGUGUCCUUUCCAAACGACGCCAUUACCACACUGGAAUCAAACGAGCACGUCAAGGCCGUCGAGCUAGAUGGCGAGAUGCGUGUCGGAACAAUUAUUCGCAACUACGUCUGUGUUGUAGACAAGUCAAUCCUCACACGAGGCUAUCCAAGUGCCAAUGAAGCAUCGGCGCUCUCGUCGUCGAUGGCGUCGCUGGUUACCCCUGUCACUUUCCCCUCACAUGCUCGGGCUGGCAUAUACAUGUACUAUUCUACACACGGACGACCACCACUAUCCGAAAAGUCCCUGUUGUCAUCCGCCAACUUCACACUCUCGCUCCUCCCCAUCCGUCUCGCAAGACGAAUUCAAGCCCUCCGAAAUCUCCCCUAUAUCGUCGUCUCCAACCCCAACAUUUCCCGCAUCUACAACAACUACCUCCACUCACUAUCAAUUCUCCUGCCGUAUUGGCAUGCCGCAAGCCAAGGCCAUCCCAUCGCCACGCUCCAGGAUGAAAUCGAGUUCACAAACGUCCUGGCAGAGCUCGUUGCCACCCACACCGAUACCAUACCCAUCCUCGCCAAAGGCUUUCUAGAAUGCCGCAGAUAUAUCUCGCCAGCAGAGGUGACGCGCUUCCUGGAUGAGCAUCUACGCGCACGAAUCGGCACAAGAUUAGUUGGCGAGCAGCACAUUGCCCUCCAUUUCAGUAGUCAGCCUCAUUUUGCACCCGAGGACAGCCCGACGCCGUGUCCCGAACACCCGUCAUACAUUGGCGUCAUUGACACCGCCCUGAAGCCAUCUCUCACCAUUGAUUCCUGCGCCGGCUUUGUAGCUGACAUCUGCGAGCUACGUUAUGGUUCGAGACCCCAGAUCUACGUCGACGGCGAGCCGGACACUACAUUCGCCUUUGUGCCUAUGCACCUCGAAUACAUUGUGACUGAAUUACUUAAAAAUGCAUUCCGUGCCACUGUAGAAAGCCGGGCUCGUGAACCCGUUGUUGUCACCAUCGCACCCGAACCACCCCUCAAAGAACAACCCGGCGGCGCACCACUCAUCAAGCAGCCAAACACAGAUCGAGGCCAAUUCCGCAGCGACGCCAUUAAACCCUUGGACGAUAACGCUCCAGGAGUCACAAUCCGCAUCCGAGAUCGAGGCGGCGGCAUUUCUCCAGACGUACUGCCCAAUAUAUGGUCCUACUCAUUCACCACAUUUUCCGACGACGACGGCUUCCCCGGGUCAGGAGGGAACACUGGCGGCGAUGGUCUAAGUGCCAUCGCCACUGCCAGCACGGGGGGAAGUUCAAUCGCUGGCUUGGGAUACGGUCUGCCCCUAAGUCGUGCUUACGCCGAGUACUUUGGCGGAGGUAUUGCCGUCCAGAGCUUAUACGGCUGGGGCACAGACGUGUACCUGCGACUCAAGGGGGUGGGAAAUCUCAACUGA